CAAUAGUUUUGACAAGUAAUUCAUUUUUAUCGUAUAGCAACACCAACAGUCCUCCAUCUUUUUUGUCACGAUGCCUCCCAAGAAGCAGCCAGAGAAAUCCGCUUCCGGGGCUAAGCCCGCGGAAAAGAAACCUGCCACUGCUAAAACUCCCGCAGCGGCACCUAAGGCUGCCUCUACCACGAGUGCACCUAAACCAGCAUCCGCCAAAACACCCGCACCAGCACCUAAAGCUGCUGCUCCCAAGUCUGCCCCCGCUGCUGCCAAGCCCGCUGCAGCUAAGCCAGCGUCGGCUCCUGCUGCCAAGCCAGCGGAGAAGAAGGCUACUUCAGUACCUACAGCCAAGCCAGGUUCAGCUAAAGCUGCUGCACUCAAGGCCAAGUCAAGUGCGAAACCUUCAGUCAAGAAAGCGGCAGCGGCCUCCAAGCCCGCGAAGCCUAAACCUGCAGCUGCCAAGUUGAAGAUAGCACCCAAGCCCAAAAAGACUGGCAUCAAAGGACAGAAGAAGGUGGUCAAACCUGUUGUCAAGGCUUUGAAGGCACAGAGGAAGGUUGUCAAGGGAGAACAUGGCAAGCGUGUGCGUAAAAUCCGCACAUCAGUGCAUUUCCGUCGGCCCAAGACCUUUGAGCCCCCGAGACAUCCUAAGUACCCUAGGAAAUCAUUGCCCAAGAGGAAUCGUAUGGAUGCCUACAACAUCAUAAAGUUCCCAUUGACCUCUGAAGCGGCAAUGAAGAAAAUUGAGGACAACAAUACAUUGGUAUUCAUUGUCCACACCAGUUCCAACAAGCACCACAUUAAGGCUGCUGUGAAGAAGCUAUAUGACAUCAAUGUUGCUAAAGUUAACACCCUGAUCAGGCCCGAUGGUAAAAAGAAGGCGUACGUACGGCUUGCGAGGGACUACGACGCACUAGAUGUCGCCAACAAGAUCGGCAUCAUAUAAACUGAUGCUUUAUUUUAUAAGAAUAAAAACUAUGAAAAAAUA